AUGACCGCUCUCCUACAUCUGACGGUGCUCGCACUGUCACUUCCACCAAUCGCACAUGGUUCCGCGCUGCGUGCCCGCCAGGCUCCCACCAGCGUGUCGGGCACCGAUUACUCGUUCUUCGGGUGCUACACCGACCAAGGCGCGCGAACGCUUGGCGCGGCCACGUUCACGAACACGACCGGCAUGACAGUCGAGUCGUGCGUCGGCUUCUGUUCGCAGCAAGGCUUCAACUUCGCGGGCCUCGAGUUCGCACAGGAGUGCUGGUGCGGCGACUCGCUCGCGAACGGCAGUACCAACGUCACGGAAUCCGACUGCAGCUCUCACUGCACCGGCGAUGCCCUUGAACUCUGCGGCGCCGGGAACAGGCUCAGCGUUUACUGGAAUGGAGUCGCACCACCGCCUCCUCCCAUCACGGUUCCAUCUGUCGGUCUUUGGGAGUCCCUCGGAUGCUACAAUGACUCAGUCAAUGCUCGCGUGCUCUCUGUCGGCAUUAACGUCCCGGGCAACUUCACGGUCGAAAGCUGCACGGAAGCGUGCUUUAAUAGCAAUUACCCGCUCGCCGGGAUGGAGUUCGCGACCCAGUGCUUCUGCGACACCGCGUUCCGAAACAUGGGCGCACCUACGCCGCUUUCGGACUGCAACAUGGUGUGCGCCGGCAAUAGCUCCGAGUUCUGCGGAGGCCCGAACCGCUUGAACGUUUACAACUAUACCGGCACGAUCACAGGCACCCCCACCGGGGGCAACGGGAACGGGAACGGGAACGGGAACGGAAACAAUCCGAGCGUCGCGCCCGUCACCACCGGCCUGCCUGCGCCGUGGGCGUACGCGGCGUGCUACGUCGACAACGCGCACGGGCGGAUCAUGGGCAAACAGCUCGACGACGACCAGACUCUGACCGUCGAGAGCUGCAUCAACUCGUGCCAGGGCAUGAACUUCACUCUCGCGGGCAUGGAGUUCGGCGUCCAGUGCUUCUGCGGGAACACCUUGAUCGACGGCGCCGUACCGGGGCAAGAAGAUACGUGCAACAUGGCUUGUGGUGGGAAUGCGACCGAGGCAUGUGGCGGGCCCAACCGACUUUCCGUCUACACUUCGACAGGGGACGUUAUCGCUCUCCCGGUUCCAACUGCGCAGAACACGAGCCUUCCUGGCCAAUGGCAGUACAAGGGAUGUCUUCAGGAGCCGCCUAACGGUGUUCGAAUCUUCCCUUAUCAGAACAUCUACACGAACAACAUGACCAUCGAUCUUUGCCUCAACCAGUGCGCAGCCUUCGGAUACCCAGCUGCCGGUGCUGAAUUCGGAGACGAGUGUUGGUGCGGAGAUGUCUCCGAUACGGCUGCGAGCCCAGGAUUCGCGCCUGAGACUGAUUGCAACCUCCCGUGUGCGGAUGAUCCUAUCCACCUCUGUGGUGGCGCCGCCCGCAUUCAGUACUAUGAAUGGAACGGCGUCAUGAACGACUGGCACACCCCUGCAAACACCGGUCGCUACGAGUUCUUCGUUCCCGGAGUUGUCGUCCCCCUGCUCGUCACGCUCGGCAUCAACAACAAGGUCACCUUUGUGGAGAAGUUUGGAACGAGCGAGUUCGACAACUCCACCGGAGCUUACGAGCUGGACCUCAGUCUCGUCAACGACUUCUCCAAGACAUGGCGCACGAUGCACGUCGAGACGGACGUCUUCUGUGCAGGAGCUAUCGUACUCCCGGAUCGCGCCGGUCGGCAGCUUGUCGUCGGUGGGUGGUCGCUCGACAGCACUUUCGGUGUCCGCCUGUACGCUCCCGACGGAAGCUCUGGCGUCAAUGGCACCAACGACUGGGAAGAGAACAACCAAGAACUGAGGUUGCAGCGCGGUCGCUGGUACCCGACAGCCAUGGUCAUGUCGAAUGGAAGCGUCCUCGUCGUCGGUGGAGAGGUGGGAAGUAACGGUGCUCCUGAACCCACUUUGGAGAUUCUCCCGACCCCGGCAGGCGGUCCCACGUACCUCUUCAUGGACUGGCUCGAACGCACUGACCCCAACAACCUCUAUCCGUUCAUGUUUGUCCUUCCCAGCGGGAACAUAUUCGCAGGCUACUACAACGAGGCACGCAUCCUCAACCCCAACACCUUCGACACCAUCAAGACGCUCCCCAACAUGCCUGGCUCCGUCACCAGCUUCCUUGCCGGCAGGACCUACCCGCUCGAGGGUACCGCAGUCAUCCUCCCGCAGCACGCCCCCUACACCGACCCGCUGGGGGUCCUUAUCUGCGGUGGCUCCAACUUCGGUGUCGCUCUUGACAACUGCGUCCACACCCAGCCCGAAGUGGCGAACCCGCAGUGGGUGCUUGAGCGGAUGCCUUCCAAGCGUGUCAUGACGUGCAUGGCUGGUGCGUUCUUCACGAAUCUGCACUCCCUUCCCGAUGGUACCUUCCUCAUCGUCAACGGCGCCCAUCAGGGUGUUGCGGGCUUUGGUCUCGCCACCGACCCGAACUUCCAGGCACUCCUCUACGACCCGGCCCAGGCCGUCGGUUCUCGCAUUUCGAUUCUCAACAGCACCAUCGUUCCGCGUCUGUACCACUCUGAGGCCACUCUGCUUCCCGACGGCCGCGUUCUCAUCUCUGGUAGCGACCCCCAGACGCCCGGCUUGCCUGAGGAGAUCCGCGUCGAGGUUUACAUCCCGCCUUACCUGACCGCCGGGCACACGCAGCCCAGCUUCACGGUGGAUCAGAAGGACUGGCAGUAUGGGGGGAGCUACACCAUUCACGUCACGCUCCACCAGGGUACUACGGCCACCAUGAAGGUGUCCCUCAUCGCAGCGUCCUCCAGCACGGUCCCACGGUACGUCCUACCUUCUCCUUUGCCUACCCAAACACUGACCACCGCCUCAGGCAACCAAAUGGGCAUGCGCACGCUCUUCCCCGAGUUCUCCUGCUCCGGCACGACUUGCACCGUCCAGGCGCCCCCGAACGCAUUCGUCUCCCCGCCGAGCUGGUACCAGGUCUUCGUCCUCGACGGGCCGACGCCCUCGCACUCGCAGUGGGUGCGCAUCGGCGGCGACCCCGGCGCGCUCGGGAACUGGCCCGCCUCCUCCGACUUCACGCGUCCGGGCGUCGGACCGCUUUAG